GAUGCCAAUCACCAAGAUCCACGCUCGCCAAAUCUACGACUCCCGCGGAAACCCAACUGUUGAGGUUGAUCUUUUCACUGAGAAAGGAGUCUUCCGUGCCGCAGUUCCAUCUGGAGCUUCUACUGGAGUUCAUGAGGCCCUCGAGCUUCGUGACGGUGACAAGGCUGUUCACCUCGGAAAGGGGGUUCUCAAGGCCGUCUCGAACAUCAACGAGAAGAUCGCUCCAGCUCUGAUCGCCAAGGGAUUCGAUGUCACUGCACAGAAGGACAUUGACGACUUCAUGAUGGCUUUGGAUGGAUCGGAAAACAAGGGAAACCUCGGAGCUAACGCCAUUCUCGGAGUUUCACUUGCUGUCGCCAAGGCUGGAGCCGUACACAAGGGACUCCCACUCUACAAGUACAUCGCCGAGCUUGCAGGAACUGGAAAGGUUGUGCUCCCUGUUCCAGCCUUCAACGUCAUCAAUGGUGGAUCUCACGCUGGAAACAAGCUCGCUAUGCAAGAAUUCAUGAUUCUUCCAGUUGGAGCUUCCAGCUUCGCUGAAGCCAUGCGCAUGGGAUCAGAAGUCUACCACCACUUGAAGGCUGAAAUUAAGAAGAGAUAUGGACUCGAUGCCACCGCUGUUGGAGAUGAAGGAGGUUUCGCUCCAAAUAUUCAAGACAACAAGGAAGGACUUGACCUUCUCAACACUGCCAUCGACAAGGCUGGAUACACUGGAAAGAUUUCCAUUGGAAUGGAUGUCGCAGCAUCGGAAUUCUUCAAGGACGGAAAGUACGAUUUGGAUUUCAAAAACCCAGCUUCAGACUCCUCCAAGUGGCUCUCUGGAGAGCAACUGACCGAGCUCUACCAAUCUUUCAUCAAGGAGUAUCCAGUUGUCUCUAUUGAGGAUGCUUUCGAUCAGGAUGAUUGGGAUAACUGGGGCAAAUUCCACGGUGCCACUUCCAUUCAGCUUGUCGGAGACGAUUUGACUGUAACCAAUCCAAAGAGAAUUCAAACUGCCAUCGACAAGAAGUCAUGUAACUGCCUCCUUCUCAAGGUUAAUCAAAUCGGAUCCGUCACAGAGUCAAUCGAAGCAGCCAAGCUCUCCCGUGCCAAUGGAUGGGGAGUUAUGGUCUCUCACAGAUCCGGAGAGACUGAAGACACUUUUAUCGCUGAUCUCGUUGUUGGACUUGCCACUGGACAAAUCAAGACUGGUGCUCCAUGCCGUUCUGAGCGUUUGGCCAAGUACAACCAGCUUCUCCGCAUCGAAGAGGAACUCGGAGCUGAUGCUGUUUACGCUGGACACAACUUCAGAAACCCACAAGUGUAGAUCACUCAAUCUAACCUAUAAAUACUGUGUAUUUUCGUACUUUCUUCUCAAAAUUGCCCUCCCUUUUUAUGUAGUCACCUUUUUACCCUAUUUUAGUGCUUGACCAGUUUAAAGUUGAUUCCAUUGUAGAUUAUUUAUUGUACUUGUAAUAUGAAGAUUGGACAUGAAAAUUUUAACGAAAACAAAC